AUGAAGUGUUCGCAUGAACUGCGAGAAAGAAGUUCGGGAAAAGUUUACUUUGAUUCCAAAGCGCGUGCGAAGAUUUUAGGCUCUACAGAAAUACACGUAAAACGCGAUAGUACUAUUGCUUUGGCUUGCUCUGUGAACAUUCAUGCCUCUUCCGUACUAUGGUAUCAUGGGUCUGCAAUAGUAGAUUUUGAUUCUCUAAGAGGUGGAAUUAGUUUGGAAACUGAAAAGACCGAUAUAGGUACUACCAGUCGUUUGAUGCUAACCCGUGCGUCAUUACGAGAUUCUGGAAAUUAUACAUGUGUUCCCAAUGCGGCCAUGCCGGCAUCAGUACGAGUUCACGUCUUAACGGGUGAACAGCCCGCAGCAAUGCAAACCAGUAUUGCGAGUGCUACAGAUGUUUCUAUAGUAAUCAUAAUAGCGUGUUUGAUCAUAUCAGAUAUAUUGUUAAUUCGAGUUUUGAACCUAACACAACGUUUAACUGUUCAUCGAAAUUUAAGUUGACUAACUUUAAACAGAACUAGCUCUAGCAAAGAAAUACAUGUUAUUUAAAGGUAGUUGUGACAUAAUUUCCACAACUCUUUAAUAAAUAAACGAUGAGUAAUUUUUAUAUUGUAUAAAUCAUGUACGGUAUUCAAUUUAGCAAAUUAUUUAUAAAUAACUUUAAAAUUUAAGCAAUUCGAAAACAAUAGACUACUUGUUUGUUUGGUCCUACAUAUAUACAUAAGCAUAUAUAUUCAAAAAAUAAGAUUGUAACGAGAACAUUUGGAAAAAAUCAAAUUACCUUUAUAUACUAACAUGCAUACAUACAUACAUAGAUUCUACAUUAAGCAUAAUUCCUAUAGUCUUAUGUAAUAAAAACGUACAGUAAGAAUAAAUACAUAUAUACGUAUACAUAUAGCAUAUAUAUAUGCUAAAUAAGUUUUGUAUUCGUUUAUCAGCUGGAAGGAACGAAUAUUCUUCAUAUAAUAUAGGCGAUGUAUGGUAUUUAAUAAUAGAGAAUAAAGAGAAUCGUGUCGUUUCUCUAACUAGUUCUUCGUUAAAAUGUUAAAUACCGUAACAUUUUAUUUAUUGAA